UCGAAUAAGUGAAGUGAGUUUCAAAUUGUAACAUAGGAAUACAAUAUCUGAGAUAUAUACUUAGAUAUAUUUCUGUGAUAUAUUUUUAUACAAAAAAUGGCAUUAACAGAAUUUCUUCAUGACAUGACAUGAGCGAAUACAAAUUCGAAUUUGGGUUUUUACGGAAUCGCCCUCCAGCUGAGAGUACUCUGUGCUGUUAUAAGGCAGGGUUGCCAGACGUACGAGAAAUCUCGUACCGUUACGAGAUUUACAGUUUAUGUACGAGAUACAAGAAUAACAAAAUUCUCGUACACUUUUGUACGAGAUUUUAACAAUGAAAAAUCCUCAAUCAAUUAUCAAUGAUAAAAUACUUCACACACCACAAAACGAUCGACUGGGCGCAUCACAAAUGCACUACCACAUAAUAUAUAAACAAGACAACUUGAGCGGGGAAUUCCAGUACAAUACAUUGAUUUAUUGUUUUUGUCCUUAUUAGACUAGUGUUUGCUUUAUUUAUCUGUCUCUCUUACUGACAAUGAAACAUUGGUGUACAUUUUUAUCGUCUGCUGUUGUUUUUGGUAAUCAAUAAUCUGUUAAAGUUUCUGUAUCAAGUAUUCAGUUUUACUUACGAAAUGAGUAGUGACAGCGAAUCAUCUGCCACUCCUCCUAAAAAGAUUCCCAAGAAGAGAGGAUGGACUGCAAAGAAAAAAGGGGAGAAAGUUUUUAAACGUCGAACACAGACAUUUCGGGAUGAAUGGUUACAGAAUCUAACAUUUAGAGACUGGUUGGAGCCAGACCCAAAAUAUCCUAAGAAAGCGAAGUGUGCAUUCUGUCCAGCAAGUUCCUUGGUUGCUGAAACCACAAACCUUAAAUCUAAUGCCGAAUCGAAAAAAGAUUUGAAAAACAAACCUGGUGCAUCGGGUCUACAAUCCCAAAUGUUGACUUCAUUUGGUUUCAAGAUAGGUGCAAUUCCAAAAAACAAACAAAAGGAUCGUGCUGAAAUUAAACUAGCUGCGUUCUUUGUAGAACACAAUAUUGCAUUUGCUGUCGCUGACCAUCUGACGGAUUUACCUAAAGAUCUCGUCCUGUCCAAACUCCAGGCUUUGGGACCAGUACCAGCUCUAUCCAACGAUUUUAGAGAACGCGUCCCAACAUUGAUACCGCUGAUGGAAGUCGUGCCACGCAUUAUUGCAUCGUUUGAUGACAUCAAAAACAGCAGAUAG